AUGGCCGAAGUUGAAAAAACCAAUGGUGUCGCUGGCGCUGGGAAUAUAGUUCUUCCUUUUGAGACUCUCACGCGCGGCGAUGUUGCGUUGGUAGGCGGCAAAAACUCCUCCAUUGGGGAGAUGAUCGGUGCCCUUGGGACGAAAGGAAUCGCGGUACCACCUGGUUUUGCAACCACCUCACACGCUUAUUGGCUCUACGUCGACAGUAAUGAGAUCCGGGAGAGUAUGGCAAUGUUGAUUGCGGAAUGGCAAUCAGGUAAGGUGAAUCUGGCCGAGACUGGUCAUGCAGUUCGCAAUUUAUUCCUCCGCGGCACUUGGCCCGCCGAUAUCGCAAGUGCCAUCGGUACAGCCUAUUGCGAACUUUCGGCCAAAGUGGGAAUCGAAAACUUGAGUGUGGCCGUUCGUUCAAGCGCGACAGCAGAGGACUUGCCUGACGCGAGUUUCGCUGGCCAACAGGAGUCCUUUCUAAACAUCUCGGGGAUCGAUGCACUUUUGAAUGCUUGCCGGCGCUGCUAUGCUUCUCUUUUCACCGACCGUGCCAUCAGCUAUCGCCAGACUAAAGGAUUCGAUCACUUGAGAAUCGCACUCUCGAUUGGGGUACAGCGAAUGGUCCGUUCCGAUGCUAGCGGUUCUGGUGUCAUGUUCUCCAUUGACACUGAAAGUGGCUUCGACAAGCUUGUGCUUAUCAACGCAUCAUGGGGACUAGGGGAGAAUAUUGUACAAGGGACCGUCAAUCCCGACGAAUACCAAGUUUUCAAGCCGCUACUGGACGAUGUCAAUCUAGUCCCAAUAAUAGAGAAAAAGCGCGGUGACAAGUCAAUGAAGAUGGUCUAUGGUGGUGACGAUAUGCCAACACGCAACAUACCUACCUCAAAAGCGGAGCGAGAUGCGUUCGUGCUCGACAAUCAAGAAAUCCUCCAGCUGAGCCGCUGGGCAUGCAUAAUUGAAAAGCACUAUCGGUGUCCCAUGGAUAUGGAAUGGGCAAAGGACGGUAUCACUGGUGAACUUUUCAUCGUCCAGGCUCGACCUGAAACCGUUCACUCGCGACGUGAUGCUGGUGUUCUCAAGACCUACAAGGUCGGUAAGAAGGGCUCUCUCCUUACGACGGGCCUUUCGGUUGGGGAUGCGGCAGUCUCGGGACGCCUCUGCAUGAUAGAGACGACUAAAGAUGUUGAAAAAUUCCUCGACGGAUCGAUAUUGGUGGCAAAAGCGACCGACCCAGAUUGGGUGCCACUGAUGAAGCGCGCUGUGGCUAUUAUCACUGAUCAUGGUGGGCGAACUUCGCAUGCCGCCAUUGUCAGCCGCGAACUUGGCCUCCCUGCCGUUGUGGGGACUGGAAAUGCUACAUAUGUUCUGCACACCGGCCAGGACGUAACUGUCUCUUGUGCCGAGGGUGACAAAGGCUUCGUAUACCAGGGUAUCUCCAAUAUUACCACCCAGACAUUAGAUCUUACCGGAUUGCCGUCAAUCAAUACAAAAAUCAUGAUCAAUCUCGCCAAUCCAGCAGCGGCAUACCGCUGGUGGCGGCUUCCAGUAGAUGGCAUCGGACUUGCUCGCAUGGAGUUUGUCGUUACGAAUUCUAUCCGGGUUCAUCCUAUGGCACUUGUCCAUUUCGAUAAGCUAAAGGACACGAAAUCUAGGGAGAAGAUCGUGCAAUUGACUGCUGGAUACAAACAUAAGCCCGACUACUUCGUCGACAAGCUGGCGCAUGGUUUUGCGGCCCUUUGCGCAACAGUAUACCCUAAGCCAGUCAUCGUCCGCAUGAGUGAUUUCAAGACAAACGAGUACUCCGGCCUUAUUGGCGGCACUGAGUUCGAGCCAAAGGAGGAGAACCCCAUGCUUGGGUUUCGAGGCGCCUCGCGCUACUAUUCUCCGCUGUAUGAAGAGGGCUUCGCGCUCGAGUGCCGUGCGAUCAAGCAGCUACGCGAGAAGAUGGGAUUCACAAAUGCCAUCGUAAUGAUUCCCUUCUGUCGCACCAUCAAAGAAGCGGGGAAGGUACUGGACACUAUGGCCAGCAACGGGCUCAAGCGUGGUGAGCAUGGCCUUCAAGUCUACGUCAUGUGCGAGAUACCAUCAAACGUUAUCUUAGCCGCUGAGUUUUCUGAAUACUUCGAUGGCUUCUCUAUCGGUUCCAACGACCUUACCCAGUUGACCCUCGGUGUUGAUCGUGACUCUGGUGAGCUCGCAGACUUGUUCAACGAGCAAGAUGAGGCUGUCAAGUGGAUGAUUGCACAGGUAAUCUCAGUGGCUCGCAAGACGGGCUGCAAGAUUGGCAUCUGCGGCCAAGCGCCGAGUGACCAUCCCGAAUUUACAAAGUUCUUAGUCGAGGCUGGUAUUAACUCGAUUUCUGUCAGCCCUGAUAGCUUUGUCGCCGUGAAGAAACAUGCAGUUGCUAGCGAGCGGUCAUCAUCUUCCUCCACGUGA